AUGCAGGAUGGGGGUGUCAAGACCAAGCAAGAAGAUGUUGAACUGAAGAAUGAAGAUAGCAUCCUGGAGAGCAAUGCUACUACCACUGUCACCCUAGUGAAAAGGGGCCUUUCAUGCCAGGUUUCUGUCCCUCUCCGCGAUUUUGGCCCUGACCAACAGUUCCCUCAGCAUCUAAAGGACAUGUUAGAGGAGUGGCACGAAAUCUACCCUCUACAUGUCCCUGCUUGCUCCUUCAGAUCCAGAGGUCUAGGCUGGAAAUCUUUCAAGAUAUUCGAUCGAAAUGGAGUCGAACUGGAAUUGUCACAGUGGCUGAUCAAAAAGCCCCUUCCCUACCGAGUUUUGGUCCUGCAUUAUCCUGACUCUCCUGAAGAACUAGUCGCCUGCGCCAACAACUCGCCAACGAUUACAUACCUGCUUCCUUGGAAGGGACUCAAUAGAGGAUAUGACUCUUCACGUGUCGCUGCUCGAGUCUUCAAUAGGAACAUGGCGCAUAUCACCUUCAACGAUCAAGUCUUCGACAGAUACCACGAGGGACUCCUGCCUCGACGAUACGCCCAGUACAGUCGAGCCUCUGUCCCCAGAGCAAAACGAACCAUCUCAUUCAGAACCACCGCCAGCGCUGACAAUCCCUUUGCUUCUCCACAUCUCCCCCAGCUGCCCGGCGCUUGGGAGGACGGGGGAUAUCCGCUUACCAACUUCCACCCCAACGUCAUGUUCAAGUUGAUAGACAAAAACACCGACAUCUCCCGCUGUGUCCCCUUCGACGAGUGUCACUCUGUCCAGGAACUUUUUACCAAGGCCAGGGCGUUUUUUCAGUCUUUGAACGAGGGGGCGCGCGUGAAAGCACUCUCCUGCUGCUUUUCGAAAUCCCGGCGCUACAUUUGGGAAAAUGAGGGCGAAUUCGAGCUGAUGCUCAAUGAUGCAAAAAUGACCGCUCAGUCUGAUGAGGAGACCGUCACGGUCGAGGUCUAUAACAUCACACCCAUAUUCACAAGGACUGCAACUGUCUAAUUGAAACAUCUGAUCAGCCAUCCGGCGUGACCUUUUGUAUUUGAUCAUCUUUUAUUGCAAGCUACUAUGUGGUGAGCACCUGGCUACUAGGUAGCUACUACUAGACAGUGACAGACUGGCAGUUUUCUGUACUUAUUGAUAAAAUUGAUCGGAUCCAAAUCAUGUUCAAACUCAU